AUGAGGCGCGGAACAACAAGAAAACUCAGUAAGUUUGGAGCGGCCCCUCGCAACCGUCUAAAAGAGGAAUCUCGGCAAGAAGAAAGCUCUGCCCCAGAGGACGAUCUCAUCAGUGAAGCCGCUCAAGGCUUAAAAGGCUUUGACGACAUUCCUCGUUUAAGCGAAAAAGACCUUGACCAAGACAUUGAGCGCAUUCUGACCCCUUCAAACCCUCAAGCUUCCCAAAACAUAGCCUACUUUUCCUAUAAAGAUCGGCAAUUCAAAAGAGACGAUUUAGUUGACCAAAUGAUCAUCCACUUCGCGCAAGAUGGUUUUUUCUUAUUAAAAGACACUAAUGAAGCCCACGACCAAGAAGAAUUUAUCGAUUCCAAAAAUCUUGAAGCAGAAACCCAAAUAAAAGCGUCGUCUGUUGAUAUAGGGACAGUCCAGUUAACACCUGAAGCGUUACUUAAAUCAUUGAGAAACCAGUUCAAUUAUGCGGAAAGAACUGCACAGUCUUUUUCUAUUCCUAUAAAGGAAAGGGGUAUUUCGACUGAGCCGCCUCCAACCAGAAGUUUUUCUGGAACGGUUACUCAGUGGGAUAUAUAUGACAACUUUAUGGCUGAGCUUGAUAAGAAAAGACAGACUGAACAUGCAGAAAAAGAAAAGGAGAAAGAAAAAGAGACAAAAAAGACGUCGAAAAAAAGAGAAAGAAGAGAGGACCCGAUGUAUUCAAAUGAGAUGAGCUAUGCGCUAAAAAUUAUGGAGAGAAUGGUGAACCAAAACGAUUUGCAAAAUACUUAUAAAUAAUUAUAAUGAAUAUAAAAUUAUGGUGGAUAUAUAAAGGGUAAAAAUGGAGUAUUUAUUUGUAUUGGGGAUAUCAUAUUUAUAAAUACUUUGAUGGAAAUGCAGAUAACCAUAGGACAAGUGAAGGGUCUUUAAGCGAUUUGUGGAUUUUUGGGUCAGAAAAGACAAAGAAAAAAGAAGUCACGUCACUUGUGUGGAAUCCGAGGUAUCAUGAUAUGUUUGCGGUUGGAUAUGGGUCGUAUAGCUUUAUGAAGAAAUCGACAGGGCUUAUUUGUUGUUAUUCUUUGAAAAAUACCAGGUAUCCUGAGUAUUUCCUUUUAAACUAAAGCAGUGUUUUUUUUAGUUCUUGAAAUAGAACAAAUUUUAAUAAUGAUCUCUAUAUAAAUAGCUUUGAUGCCAAUUUAAUUAAAUAAAAUCCAAAAUUUAUCUAUACUUAUUCUAUUUAAAUAUUGGAUUGCAAGCAGAGAAAUAAUUAAGCAAAGCUAAUACUUAAAAAUUCCUUUUAAAUUGAACAGAUUUUUUAGCUCCAAUUUAAAGGGAGGAGUGAGUAUUUUUCACAACUCAGCAUGGAGUUAUGUGUCUAGAUUGGCACCCUCAGCACCCUGCCUUGCUAGCAGUCGGGCUUUAUGAUGGAACUGUACUAGUAUUUGAUGUAAGAGCUAAACAUAAAAAACCAAUUUACCAAAGCACAGUAAGGACAAAUAAACAUACAGAUCCAGUGUGGCAGGUUAAAUGGCAGGACGAUGAUAUGAUGAAAAAUUUGAGCUUUUUUUCGAUAUCGAGUGAUGGGAGAGUUACAAAUUGGGUUCUGAUGAAAAGCAAGCUUGAAGCAGAAGAGGUCAUUAAAUUAAAGCUUGUCAGCGGCCAAAGAGAAGGUGAGGAAGAUAUGGAGACUACUUUAAGUGGGCUUGCUGGAGGCACUUGCUUUGAUUUUAAUCCAUUUUUCGAACACUUGUUUAUUGUUGGGACUGAGGAAGGAAAAAUCCACAAAUGCAAUAAAGCUUAUUCAGGGCAAUAUUUACUCUUCUUUUCCUAUUUUUUAUAAAUAAUUUCUAUAAAAAAGUCUUAUUAUAGAAAUUUUCUAACAGAAAUUAAAAUAAUUAUUGGAUUAAUAAUUUUAAUAGCUUAAAAUAAUAGAGUUAGACACUUAUGAUGGCCAUUUUAUGGCAGUUUAUAGUGUCAAAUGGAACAAAUUCCACCCCAAAAUCUUUUUAAGCGCCAGUGCAGAUUGAACUGUAAAAAUGUGGGACCAUACCAUUAAAGCUCCCCUCCUCACCUUUGACUUAGGCAUUGCAGUCGGCGACGUCGCCUGGGCUCCUUAUUCUUCUACUCUUUUUGCCGCCAUAACCGCAGACUCAAAAUGCCACAUUUACGAUCUCGCCCAAGAAAGACUCUCAGAAAUCUGCGACAAAAGAGUAAAAAACGGAAAAUGCAACCACAUUGCCUUUAACCCAAGUCAAUUUAUUAUCCUUGUUGGGACAGACCGUGGGACUGUUUAUUCCUUUAAACUUUCUCCAAAUUUAAGAAAAACUGAACAACUAAGCCAAGAAGACAUAGCAGCUGGAGUCACCCAAAGGACAAAAGAAGUAAAGAAAUUAGAAGAAAUAAUGGAAGCAAUAGAUAGAACCGUUUAUUAA